AUGAAUUUCUUGCCAUGUUUCAUAUCAGAGGAGAGAUUCAAUAGGAAAUGUUUGGAAAAGAGCAUCGAGGAGUAUUAUGAGACUAAAACUUUAGCCUCACUCGCUAUCAUUUCCCUCGAAUCUGAGAACAAUAAGCGAAGGUACACAACAAAGGAGACAAAGAAGAAAGGCAAAGAGAAAAGCUUCGCACAAAAUUUCACAUUUCGUCAGCUAUGCGUGGCCACAAAUAACUUCAGCCACCACAAUCUCUUAGGGGAAGGUGGCUUUGGAAGAGUUUACAAAGGCCUCAUUGACACCACAAAACAAGUGGCUGUGAAGCAACUUGACCCAAAUGGGUAUCAAGGCAAUAGAGAAUUCCUUGUGGAGGUUCUAAUGCUAAGCCUUCUUCGCCAUCCCAACCUUGUCAAUUUGGUUGGGUAUUGCGUUGAUGCAUAUCAAAGGAUUUUGGUGUACGAGUACAUGCCUAAGGGUUCCUUGGAGGAUCAUCUUCUUGGUAUAGCUUCAGAUAAGGGAGCUCUAGAUUGGAAGACAAGGAUGAAAAUUGUGGAAGGAGUAGCUAAAGGGCUUGAAUAUUUACAUGAAACGAAUCCACCGGUGAUAUUUCGGGACUUCAAAGCUUCGAACAUAUUGCUCGAUGAGGAAUUCAAUCCAAAACUCUCGGAUUUUGGACUUGCAAAGCUAGGUCCCAUGGGUGAUAAAUCUCAUGUUUCCACUAGAGUGAUGGGAACCUAUGGCUAUUGUGCUCCUGAAUAUGCUCUUACCGGACAAUUGACUACCAAAUCUGAUGUCUAUAGCUUUGGUGUCGUGUUCUUGGAGAUCAUCUCUGGGAGAAGAGUUAUUGACAACACGAAGCCAAGAGCGGAAAAGAAUUUGCUUGCAUGGGCACAACCACUUCUCAAAGAUAGAAGGAAAUUCAUGCUGGUAGCGGAUCCAAAGCUAAAAGGAAAAUUUUCAGUGAAGGCUCUGUAUCAAGCGUUGGCGGUAGUGUCUAUGUGUUUACAAGAAGAUGCAAGUACUCGACCAAUGAUUAGCGAUGUGGUCAUGGCUCUACAAUAUUUAGCUAUAAACAAUGAUGUCGAUGUCGAUGUAGACAACGAAUCGAAUUCGGGGUUGGGAUGGGGAUUAAGUUCAAAUCGAGGCUCAACUACUCCUAAUAAAAGUAGUGAUAAUGAUGAUAAAAAGAGUGUUGAUUUUUAA